AUGUGGCCGCGGUUCAACCGCGUCACCUACCACAUCCUGCGCUGGCCCAUCCUCGUGGUCGUCUACGCGUUCGUCUUCGUCGAACUCUUGUUCUACUGCGCGCUGCGGCUCUUCGUCGCCUUCGCGGAGUUCGCCGUCGCGACGCCCAAGCACCGCGAGCUCCGCCACGCCCUGCGCCACUCCAAGGACUACGAGACCUGGCUCGCCUGCGCGCGCGCGCUCGACUCGUCGAAAGGGGUCGCCGUCUGGCAGAGCGACCUCCGGUCGACGCGCUACAACUGGCCCUUCGUCAAGGGUUUGAUCGCGCAGCUGCGCGAGGCGCGGGCCUCGGACGACUGGCGCGCCGUCGCCGUCGCGCUGCGCCUGUGCUCGCGGCCCAACGUCGGGGGCAUCAUGGCGCCGCAGCUCUUCUCCGCCACGCACACGGGCGACCCGAAAUUGGUCGUGACGGACUUUGUGGAGGAGAUCGCCGCGAGCGUGCGCUGGCUCACGGCCUACGCGUUGGCGUCGAACGACGCCGCGUGCGUGUCGACGGCGCGCGAGCUCCUCGGCGCGGCGCGCGAGUCCUACGGCCGCACGGUGCUGAGCCUCUCCGGCGGCGGCGCGCUCGGCACCUACCACUUCGGCGUCGUGCGCGCGCUGCUCACGGAGGACAUGCUCCCGGAGACGAUCUGCGGCACGUCGGCCGGGUCCAUCAUCUCCGUCUUCGCGUGCUGCCGCACGCGGGCGGAGCUCGAGGAGGAUUUGUACGACGACGCGAAGCUCGUGCGCUACCUGCGGUGCUUCGACCGGUCGCCCUGGGCGUGCGUCAAAUCGUUCCUCAAGACGGGCCACGCCUACGACGGCGGCGAGUGGAUGGACAUUGCCAAGUGGUUCGCGAACGACCGGCCCGAGGGCGUUUUGAACAUGACCUUCGCCGAGGCCUACGCGCGCUCCAAGAAGAAGCUCGCCAUCACGGUCCACGCCAAGGGCAAGCGCGCGCCGCCCGUGCUCCUGACGCACCUGACGUCGCCGCACGUGACGAUCGUCUCCGCCGUCGUCGCGACCGCGGCCGUCCCUCUGCUCAUCGCGCCCCAGGUGCUCCUCGAGAAGGACCCGGAGACGGGCGUCGUCGCGCCCCAGGCCGGCGGCGAGGCCUACAUCGACGGGUCCAUCGUCCACGACAUCCCCACCGUCGGCCUCAAGGAGGCGUUCAACGCAAAGUUCGUCGUCGCCUCGCAGGUGAACCCCCACUUCCAGCCCAUGCUCUACUCGACGCACGGCGCCGCGGGCGAGCCCUGCCGCUGGAGCCCGUCCUUCGGCGCGCUGAGCUCGGAAGACGCGUGGCGCGGCGGCUUCGUCCUCGCGGCGCUCGAAUUGUAUCUACGGACGGACAUGGUCAACAAACUAAAGUUCCUCGCGGACAUCGACGCGUCGCCGGGCUGGAGCGGCAAGAUGUUCGCCCAGUCCUUCGAGGGCACGAUCACCAUCACGCCGCGCCUCGCGCCCGUCGACUACCUGAACCUGUUCUCGAACCCGACGCCGGGCAACAUCGGCCGCUACACGCGCGAGGGCCGCGUGGCCACGUACCAGAAGAUGGCCAUGCUCCGCACGCGCCUCUCCGUGGAGCGCGCCCUCAACGAGGGCUGCGACGCGCUCCGGCCGAAGCCCGCGCUCGUCCGCGCGUCCAGCGACCACGGCUUCGCGGGCCACGGCGCGGACCGGCCCAGGAUGCGGCGCCUCGGCGGCGCGGGCGCGCUCGACUGGGCGACGCCGUCGACGAUCUCCGCCUUCCCGGACGUCGACGCGGACCCGGACGCCCACUGCUUCGACGACGACGGCCUGUAG